UCUGGGUUUCUAGGGUUAAGGCAUCAACGAAACGAUGUCGUCAGAGAGGAAGAUAACUCUGAAGAGCUCGGACGGCGAGACGUUCGAGGUGGACGAGGCGGUGGCUUUGAUGUCUCAGACGAUAAAGCACAUGGUGGAGGACGAUUGUGCCGACAACGGGAUCCCGCUGCCCAACGUCACCAGCAAGAUCUUGGCGAAGGUCAUCGAGUACUGCCGGAAGCAUGUCGAGCCCGCUAAGCCCGAAGAACGCGCCUCCGUCGAUGAAGAGCUCAAGGCUUGGGACGCCGAAUUCGUCAAGGUCGACCAGGCCACGCUCUUCGAUCUCAUCCUGGCUGCGAAUUAUUUGAACAUAAAGAGCUUGCUGGACCUGACUUGCCAAACAGUGGCGGACAUGAUCAAGGGAAAAACGCCCGAGGAGAUUCGCAAGACGUUCAACAUUAAGAACGACUUUACGCCCGAUGAAGAGGAGGAGGUCCGCAGGGAGAACCAAUGGGCUUUCGAGUGAAGGGCCUGGGGAUGAAGGAACCUGUUUUUAUGGUUUGUUGCUCUUUACGAGCUGUGGUUGUGGAAUGCUGUUUGUAUCUGUUAUCUGAAACGUUUCGUGACUUAGUGAAGUACUUUAUUUGUAUGCAGACAUCUGUUAUUUUCCGCACUUCUAGCUCUUCUAUACCUGCAAUCUAUGAUGUUAUGUGGUUCUCUUUUGUUAUGAUAAUAUAUUAUGGUUCUCUUUUGUUAUGAUAAUAUAUUAAACA